AUGUUGACAUGUGAUCACCCUGUCCCGCCGGAUCGGUAUGACCAGAGGGUGGAGGAGCAUUUACGGUCUACUGAUUUUUACCAUGUCGCCCAGAUUGGGGUUGUUCAAUGUCAAAAAGCACUGGUAAACGCUUUAGUGGAAAGGUGGCACCCGGAGACACAUACUUUUCACCUUCCGGUUGGUGAAUGUGCCGUGACACUGGAAGACGUGGCUAUGAUAUUCGGUCUUCCAACCGACGGUCUUCCAGUUACAGGGAUGACUUUGAGUAGUUUCGAAACCUUAGAGGCGGAGUGUCUAAACCAAUUUGGGGUCGCACCGUUAAAGUCGCAGUGUCGAGGAAGCGGCAUAAGACUUACGUGGCUACGGGAUUUAAAAGAACGAUUAUAUUUGAGUGAUGAAAACAGUAUACAGGUGUACGUCAAGUGCCACAUCAUGUUGUUGAUUGGUACGAUCUUAUUUGGAGACAAGACUGGGGCAUCUGUGCAUUGGAAGUUUCUACCUCUGCUCAGUGAUUUUUCUAGUAUUGGACAGUACAGCUGGGGAUCAGCAUGCCUGGCACACCUAUACAGGAGUUUAUACAGGGCAUCACGUUAUGACUGUAAGGAAAUAGAUGGACCGCUAACACUUCUACUUUGUUGGGCUUGGAUGCGGCUACCGUAUCUAUCGCUGGUUCCUAGGGAACCCCACAGUUUCCCGCUUGCAAACAGGUGGCGAAACUGGGAGCAUAGAGACCGAGUCUAUAGAUAUCUUAGGCUUGCUCAUUUUAGGAAGGCCUUUGAUUAUCUUGAGGAAGGCCAGUUUUUGUGGACUGUAUAUUCUGUUGAUCGUGUUGAUCCGGACAUAAUUCCCGCUGACAUGUACAUGCACGCGGUUUAG